AUGGCUCUCGUGGGGGCCCAUGCCGCUGCUAUUGACGCGCAAGAUCAGCUUGUUAAGCGAGCCUCUCUUACCCAAGUCCAGAACUUUGGCGAUAACCCAUCAGGCAUCAAAAUGUUCAUCUAUGUCCCCGCUACACUGCAAGCAAAACCGCCUGUUGUGCUGGUUCUGCACGCCUGUGCUUGGACAGCGAACGCGUUUUUCGGGACUACGAAGUACGGCCAGUUGGCGGACCAACACGGCUAUGUGUUGAUCUACGGCCAAACGCCGACCGACGGGGCAUGCUGGGAUGUCUCGUCAAAACAGACAUUGACCCAUGAUGGCGGUGGCGACAGCACGGGCCUAGCCAACAUGGUCAAGUACGCCCUCCAGAAGUACAACGGUGAUACCAACCGCGUGUUUGUCACGGGCGAGUCAUCCGGUGCCAUGAUGACGCAAGUGAUGGCUGCCGUCUACCCCGACCUGUUCGCGGCCGCCUCCGAAUUUAGUGGAGAGCCGGCCGGGUGUUUUUACACCGGCACGGUUAGGGGCUGGAACAGCCAAUGUGCCGGCGGCCAGGUCCACCAUACACCCGCGGAGUGGGCAUCCAUGGUCCAUGACAUGUAUCCCAACUACAAUGGCCGGUACCCCAAGAUGCAAGUCUUUCACGGGGAUGUCGACACGACGCUCAACAUCAACAGUUUCAACGAGUCUGUGAAGGAAUGGUCUGGCGUCUUUGGCUACGCGGGCAGUCCGACUCAGACCUUCGACAACAACCCGGGAUCUAGGCUAACCAAAUAUAUCUACGGUGACCGCCUACAAGGAAUUUGGGGCCAUGGUUUCGGUCAUGUUGUACCGACAAAUGAAACGGAAGCCCUAACUUGGUUCGGCCUCCUCUGA